AUGCAGAAGGACCGGCUGCCCUCAUUGGAGCUGUGCCCAGAUACCCUAGUGGCUGUGGCCAGGGAGCUGACUGAAUUUUUAAGCAGUUAUGCGUGCACCGGAGCUACUUCUAAAUUCUCGACAGCUCUAUCUAAGGAGCUAGAAACACUCAUUCGGAAACACUGCCCAGUCUGCCAAGGAACAUUAGCGAUCGUUUGUGGAGACCACCAGUUGGGCGUGUACCCCAGAGAUGAAGUCGUUGCGUUAUUGUUUACACCACCUAAUGACAGUGUCCACAGUCCCUUGACAGACGGUGGAUUUGAAAAUAGUACCCUUCAUGACGCGCUACUAGAUGCUAAAUAUACAAUAAUAGCAUAUACUACCACCAGCAUCUCCUUGGUGACAACCUCAAAUGAUUUGACACUAUUCUAUUACGUUGCACUAGUUAUAGAUCCGGCAGUUCACUCUUUUUAUGACCGGUCAAUGAAUGCCGCUCUUUCUAAACUGUAUAUGUCCUCACCCGAUGCAAUGGCUCUUUACCUUUUUCUAUGGAAAAUGGGGCUUCAUUCGACAAUGAGACAAAAUGCUUCAUCUUUAUCUUCACAUCAUGGAGAACAACUUUCAAAAACAACUGGCUCAACGUUCGAUUCGCUGCUCCUUCCGGAAGAGCUGCUCUACUUGCGAUUGCACUUGCACCUUCUGAUUUUCUAUUUCAUUACAGCUUACUCCAAGAAGCGACUACGCACAGUCAUGCCCGACAGGAGCAAAGGUGCAAGCCUUUUGACUAUGCUUAUAUCUCUUGCCGAUCAUAUAGCAGAUCUUCAGCGCGAAACCGCUGUCCGACCGUCCUGUAUUGUUACUGAUUGGUCUAUUUGCUCACUAAUUCAAGGGCCUACGGCCAUUAAGCUUGGCGUGCCAGAGACUGGUAGUCUAUACUUUGCCAGCUACGGACUCGCUGGGCUUUUGCCCUUCAACGAUAAAGGCGGGCACUUUCUUGUUUUUCUCAUGACAAUGGACACAGCGAUGCUUAAGCUCCUCUCUGUUAUGAAGCUCGAGCUGCAACCCGAUAAGUACUAUCUUUCCAUAUUGAUUGGCAACUACCAACUCAGCUCUAAAACAGUUGGACCUGUUCCCUUCUCAAGUCAAUCAACUCCCCUAGAUCUCAGCUUUCGUUUGAUGAUAGCUAGUAGUGAAACAAGUAGUGUCCCUAACAGUGUCCCUAGCAGUUUACACAGCACCCCUACCCAGAAGCGCACGCUUGAUACUACAGAUACGCAUACUCCUCUUCCUUAA